ACCGAGCCAAUCCCACAGUGGGCGAGGCUUGCAGAUUUCAAAUAAAUUCUGGGUGGCAUCCCCCACACGGGAGCUAUUGGGUGUCUUUUAAGUAUCGAAAGAAGAGAACGAGGCCAUUUCCUACCAAACGCCGACAUGAGUGGAUGUCCAUUUAACAGAGAAACCCGCUCAAGUCCCGUGGACUUGGACGAUGGUUUGGAGAAUGAUGCUGCUCAAGAGGGGAUUAACAAAGCUGCCUUAGGGGGUCUUGUGUACGGAGACUACCUCCAGCUUCACAAGAUCCUGGACGCUCAAGUCCUGGAGAGCACGAAGCAUCACAACACCAUCCAUGAUGAGCACCUGUUCAUCACCACCCAUCAGGCCUAUGAACUGUGGUUCAAGCAAAUCCUCUGGGAGCUGGAUUCUAUUCGACAGAUAUUUUAUCACAGACAAAUAAAGAACGAGCGGAAUAUGCUGAAGGUGGUGUCACGCAUGCAUCGCAUCACCCUCAUCUUCCACCUGCUCGUCGACCAGUUCUCCGUGAUGGAAACCAUGACUCCUCUCGACUUCUUUGAUUUCAGACAUUACCUGGCGCCCGCGUCUGGGUUCCAGAGUUUGCAGUUCCGCAUGCUCGAGAACAAGAUCGGUGUUCCGGACAGCCUGCGCGUGCCGUACAACAAGCGCCACUUCCGCGACAGCUUCCGGGGAGAGGAGUUUGAGAAGCUGCGCUUGUCGGAAAUCGAGCCCACGCUCCUGCAGCUCGUUCAGGAGUGGCUUGAGAGGACCCCAGGUUUGGAAGUGGGCGGCUUCAACUUCUGGGAGAAGCUGAAGAAGAGUGUCUCUGAAAGGUUGGAGGAAGAGGCUUGCAAGGCCAAGCUGAUGGAAAAUGCCACACUGAAAGAAGAGCUCAUGAAUGAAAUUCGCAAGCAACAGGAGACAUUUGGUUCGCUCUUCGACGAGAAGCGGCACAUUCAUCUGAUGAGCAAAGGAACUCGACGACUGUCAUACAAGGCCCUGCAGGGAGCCUUAAUGAUUUAUUUCUACAGGGAAGAGCCUCGAUUUCAAGUGCCUUUUCAGCUGCUCAACAGCCUCAUGGAUCUCGACUCACUCAUGACAAAGUGGCGCUAUAAUCACGUGUGCCUAGUGCAGCGCAUGAUUGGCAGCAAGGCCGGGACGGGUGGAUCGUCGGGCUACCAGUACCUGCGCUCCACCGUCAGUGACCGCUACAAGGUGUUCGUGGACCUCUUCAACCUGGCCACGUUCCUGGUCCCACGGAGCUGGAUCCCACGCCUAACCCCCAUGCUGCACCGCUCGCUUGCCAAGGCGUCAUGCUGCGACAGCUCCUACAGCAGCGGUGGCGACGAUGAGAGCGACGCCGGAUCGGAGGCCGGGUGCAGCGGCCGCUGCGGGCAGGACCACUGUGUCUGUUGCUUCGACGCCGCCGCCGCCGCCGCCGCCGGCCGUGGUGGAACGAGCUCGCCGAGCAACACGGCCGAUCAGGCCUGCGAAGGCUUCACGCCGACGACUUGCAACGGGAGAUUUUCCACCACCGCCAUGGCCACAGCCACUGCCGGGCACGGCCCCAGGAGCCCCACGCCCCCCGCCGCCACUGUGCUAGCGCGAGAGGCACCAGUCACUCAGAAUCUCAACAAGUUUCUCGUGUUGGAGAAGUAGGUCUGUUCAGGCUGCUUCAUUGUAUGAAAUAGUGCUUGCUCUCUCGUGCCACAAUCUGGCGAACAGGCUUGCUUUAUUGUAAGUGCAAAUUUACUUACAAAUCUAUGCAAACGUUUAGGUUAGAAACAAAACAUUAUGCUGAGACAAGAAACAAAUCAAAUAGUUUUAAUGAUUAAAUAUAAAGUAGGCUACACACUGCAUAGGAAGAACCUCAAUACCUCUAUAUUACUGGUUACUGAGUCCUGUCGGUGGCUCAGAGGGAUACGAUUAUGUCAGGACACUGAGAAAACUCUUCAAAAAGUAGGGAUUUUAAUCUUUACAGCACUCGUGAUUAGACGGGGGUCUCAAACUGAUGAUCUCAUCGCAGUCACUGAUGAUUAAAUGUGAUUUGCUGUGAUAAUUUGGCAUAUUUCGUACCCUCUGAGGGUUAAAGAAUUCAGUUUGGUUGCCAUGAACGAAACACUUUGCAGGGCAUUUGAAAUGUGGCAUUACCUCAUGUGGGUAUGAGGCCAUUUAAAAGGCUUAUAUAAUGUAAUCCACGACAUUACCUUGCGGGGUCAUGCUCUAUCAUUCGAGCACAUGCUAAUUGCUGUUAGACAUCAACAAUGAAAUGUAUAAAGCUUGCGACAAGACACUAAUAAAUUUUGAUUUAAAGCUUU